UCUGCCAGAACGGGAUGCAAGGAGGGAUUUAAGUGGGUUCCAUCACAAGCCAGAGUAAAAAGUAUGGAAAGAGAACAUAUUCUGGCAAAAUGUGCUGUUGAGAAAAAUAUAAUAGGUUUAUGCUUCCAAUUUGGACCCCAGGAUUACACAGAGAUCACAAAUAAUGCAUUAAGAAGAAAAUGACAAAACCUAUGGUAAUUUGAUGAAAAAGGGAAGACAUAUUUUUCAUAACAAAACAGAUAGAAAAGUGUUUGGUUAGUGAUCAAAUAAGACUUGGUCAUUGUAGAUUUGAAGGUGGGCUGGAAAAAAACCCAAAUGAAAAUCCUUCAAGUGUAAGAAUGGUAAAGGGCCUGCACUUGCUUAUAGGACUUUCAUUCAGUCAUUUACCCAUUCAUACACUGACAGUGGUGAGCUACAAUGUAGCCACAGGGGUUUGGACCAGCAACCCACCAGGUACAGGACAAACUUCUACCACCUGAGCCACAGUCCCCCUAUAUACAGCAGAGAAGAAACAUGUUUAGAGAACCAUGGUCAAAUAGAGAAUCUGAUUUUGAUAAACACACUUUUAAACAUGCACAGCUGGAUGAGAACAGAUACAGUUCUGCAAUAUUUCUGGACCACUAAUUUAUGUAAUGUUAUGUAGGAGUGAGUCACUGGCUUCAUUCAUGUAGGCUGCGUGUAGCUUAGCUCACUAGAAGAUAAUCGACUUGUAUAAUAAUUAACAGGAGGUGGCAGCAGUUCACCAUUAAUGAGUUCAUUCUGCACAUCUUACUUUUUCACUUUAUUUAUCAUCAAAUUACAGAAUAAUGGCUUUUGCCUGUUAACAGUGGUAGAGCAAAAGCAGUUGUUAUAAAUUAUAAUAUGAGCUACAACAACUAAUUUCCCUUUGGGACUAAAAUAAUAUUUUUGAAUUUGAUUUGAAAUCUUAAUAAGAAGCUACAAGAGUAGAAAAUAAGGAGAUAAUAAAUUAAACCUUAGAAAAGAAAAAAAAACAAGGAUGACAUCAAAAUUAAAUUAGAAGAGAAGAAAAAUAAAAAACAAGAAAAACCUCACAUAUGUUAAAUAUAAUGUUAACACUUAAUUGUUGGCUGCAGUUUUCCAGGGCAUUUAUAGACUGAAUUGCGUCGGGAUCAGAACUUGACUUUAAGCAGUCUUUGUAAAUGUUGCUAGAAGUUAGUAACACCUUAACGUGGGGAAAGGAGCGGGAUCUCCCUUCCCAAUAUGGCGGGCACGUUGACGUACGGCUAUGGCGGGCUGCGGCAGGACGCAACCAAUUACGUGACCGGAGGCAGAAUUUGUUUAUCUCAGCAAACCCCCACGGAGGAUUGAAGAUAGUUUUACUCCUGAAUUUCAAACCUGGAGAACUUUAGCGUCCAACUGACUUCAUGAACUGAACCGUUAAGACAACAUGGCCUCAAACCUAGAGGAGGAACUGUCCUGUCCCGUCUGUCAGGACAUUUUCAGAGACCCCGUCCUCCUGUCCUGCAGCCACAGCUUCUGCAAGGACUGUCUGAGGAGAUGGUGGACCCAGAAACAGGUCCGCCAGUGUCCGGUCUGUAAGAGCGACUCCGGCCGCAAGGAGCCCACAUGUAACCUGGUGCUGAAGAACACCUGCGAGGCCUUCCUCCUGGAGCGGGACCGCAGAGCUGCAACCGAGUGUGAAGAUGACUGCCAGCUGCACUCUGAGAAACUGAAACUGUUCUGCUUGGACCACCAGCAGCCCGUGUGUCUCAUCUGCAGGGACUCCAAGCUGCACAGCAGCCACGUCUUCAGGCCCAUCAAUGAGGUGGCUCAGGACCGCAGGGAGGAGCUGAGGAAGUCCAUCACACCCCUACAGGAGAAACUGAAACUCCUCAGACAAGUCAAAGAAGACUUGGACCUGACAGCCGAACACAUUCGCUCCCAGGCCCGGCUCACAGAGACAAGGAUAAGGAACCAGUUCAGAAAGCUGCAGCAGUUCUUGCACGAAGAAGAGGAGGCCAGGGUGGCUGGUUUGAGGGAGGAAGAGGAGCAGAAGAGUCUGAAGGUGAACGAGAAGAUUAGGGCUCUGGAUGGAGACAUGGCUGUUCUUAAUGACACAAUCAAAGCAGCAGAGAGAAAGCUGAGGUCCAAAGACGCUUCACUCCUGCUGAACUACACCACUGCAGUGGAAGCAGUCCAGCGGUUCCCCUUGCCGGAUAAUCCCCAGGCAGUUCCAGGAGCUCUAAUAGAUGUAGCCAAACACCUGGGAAACCUGGACUUCAACACCUGGAAGAAGAUUAAAGACACGGUGUCUUACACCCCUGUGGUUUUAGAUCCAAACACCGCUGGAGCGGGACUUUCCGUGUCCGAGGAUCUCACUGGGGUGACGCGUGGAAACAGGCAGAAGCUUCCACUGAAUCCCGAAAGGUUUGACUCUGAAGGGAUCAUUGUGGCCUCCAAGGGCUUCACUGAAGGCAUCCACUACUGGAGCGUUGAAAUCGGAGACUGCAAAACCUGGUUUGUUGGUGUUGUAGAAGAAUCCUUUAGAAGAAAGAAGCCGACUAAAUUCAGCUCAGGAUUGUGGGCCUUGUGUUUUUCCAAGGAAAAAUAUUCCUAUUUCUCCCAGGGAGCUCCCCCCAGCUUCAAUAUCAAGACAAAGCUGCAGGUGAUCCGAGUUCAUCUGGACUUGGAGAGGGGAAAACUGUCUUUUACCGAUCUCAAGACCCUCAAGCACAUUUGCACCUUCUCGCACAGCUGGUCGGAGAAGAUGUUUCCAAUCUUUUACGUGGGAGGCAUCUAUCCUCUGAAGAUAUUACCGGUGGUGUCAGAGGGCAGCGGAGAGGACGAUGGUGAUAGUGAGGACAUGAUUAAUGAUGAGGACAUGAGACGUGUCCCUCAGGAACAUGUAGAUGAUAGGGAGGAAAUCUAACCUUAAUUAGAGCAUAUCCGUGUUUUCCCAAAGGCCAUCGUUCUAAGGGCUUGUUUCUUACAAACUGUGAUGUUAAAGUGAAAUUAUACUCGAACAGAAUUGUCAAACUUAAUUUUUGAGACAUUUGUUGGUCUGUUUAACCUCACUAAGGUGCCAGAGCCAGACUUUACUGUUAACGUGUUACCAUAAAACAAAACAUGGAUGUUAUACCUUCAGAAGGCCUUUGUUUAUAAGCAUCAGUGGAGAAACUGUGUUUAGAACUAACAGAGAAGCUACAUGGAGACUUGUGUGGGUCUUAAUUAAAAAGCUGUAUUAUUAAAAAUGAAUGAAUCACUGCGUUGGAAACAGAAGAAUGAAAAAAACUAUUCAAAGGAUGAAGUAUUGGAAUAAUUCACUUUUUUAGGUUAAUUUUUGGGUCUGUAAAUCAUAAACAGUUUAGCAAAAAUCAGUUUUUUUUCCAUUAUGACCAAAGUUUGUUAUAUUUAAUUGCUGAAUUAAACUAAAGCUCACAUAAAUGA